CAGGUAUCCGUUUACCGGAGCCUGAAUGGCGUUGGUUACGGUGCAGCGGUCGCCUACUCCGAGCGCAACAUCAAGUCCAUGCGUUUCGGAGUCAGGCAGUGGAGAAGAUGACCGCCGCUCUCAGCCCAGGAGUAUCAGUGAGAGUUUUUUGACAGUAAAAGGUGCUGCCCUCUUCCUCCCACGGGGGAACAGCUCCUCCUCUUCCUCCUGCUCUUCUCGGAUUACAGGACAGCGCAGUAAACAUGCAGGGGACCUUCAGCAACACUUGCAGACUAUGUUCACUCUGCUACGACCAGAGGACAACAUCCGUCUGGCGGUACGCUUGGAGAGUACCACCCCUCAGUUCACACGCUACAUGGUCGUGGUCUCCACCAUUGGUCGACAGGACACGGAAGAGAGCGUGGUGUUGGGCAUGGAUUUCAGCCCCACAGAUGGCUCCUGUACAGUGGGCAUGGUGCUUCCUCUAUGGAGUGACACGAUGAUUCACCUGGAUGGGGACGGGGGCUUCAGUGUUUCUACGGACAACAAGGUUCAUGUUUUCAAGCCAGUCUCUGUCCAGGCCAUGUGGUCAGCUCUGCAGUCUCUCCACAAGGCAUGUGAGGUGGCCCGUUGUCAUAACUACUUCCCUGGCAGUUUGUUUUUGACCUGGGUGAGUUACUAUCAGAGUCGCGUGUCAUCUGACCAGACCCGUAUCAAUGAGUGGAACGCCAUGCAGGAUGUCCAGUCUCAUCGCGCUGACUCUCCUGUGCUAUUCUCUGAUGUGCCGACAGAGCGAGAGAUAACAGAACGACUGAUCAAGACUCGUUUGAGAGAGAUCAUGAUGCAGAAGGACCUUGAGAAUGUCACCUGUAAAGAGAUUCGCACAGAGCUGGAGAGGCAGAUGGUGUGUAACCUGCGGGAGUUUAAAGAAUACAUCGAUAAAGAGAUGAUUGUCAUCCUGGGUCAGAUGGACAAACCCACAGAGAUCUUUGAGCAUGUUUACCUGGGUUCUGAGUGGAACGCAUCCAAUUUAGAGGAACUGCAGAACAGUGGAGUGCAGUACAUCCUCAACGUAACGAGAGAGAUCGAUAACUUUUUCCCGGGACUGUUUGAGUACCAUAACAUCCGUGUGUACGAUGAGGAGGCAACUGACCUGCUCGCCUACUGGAAUGACACAUACAAGUUCAUCUCCAGGGCCAAGAAAGCUGGGGCUAAGUGUCUGGUGCACUGCAAGAUGGGUGUGUCUCGCUCAGCCUCCACGGUCAUAGCCUAUGCCAUGAAAGAGUACGGCUGGGGUCUUGAGGAAGCCCUCAAUUAUGUCAAAGAGAGGCGUGCCGUCACCAAACCCAACCCCUCCUUCAUGAGGCAGCUGGAGGAGUAUCAGGGCAUCCUGCUGGCUAGCAAGCAGAGGCACAACAAAUUGUGGCGUUCCCAUUCAGACAGUGACCUCACCGAGCACCACGAACCCCUGUGUAAAACCCCUCGACCUCGCACCUUGGGACGCUCCAAUCCCAGCAACAAGAGCACAAGCCAGCCUUCCCAAGCCCUGCAGGAGCUCUUACAGUCUCUGACUCCAGCCUCAGCCACUGCUGCCGUGGCCCCGGAUCAGGUAGACACCACACCUGGAACACUUGCCUCCAACAGUGUGGAGGGUCUGGAAGACAGCUUCCUCACACGUCUGCCCAAACCGCAAGCCGCCACUGUGGUGCCUGAGCCCAGGACUGACACUGCCUCUGUAAACGUAGCUGAGAUGAUCCUGGUGGGGCGGGGUCCUCACCCACCCCCCUCACCCCAUCUCCUCCCACCCUCCCCUACAGUUUUAAGCGCAGAUGCCAAACUCGCAGUCUCAGAGUGUGAGGACAUGUCCUCUCUCACGCCUGACACAAAACCUGGACCUCAGACUGUUAGCACACCUGAGCCAAGCUUUCCAACCACUGGGACUCCAUUAGAAGAAUCUCAAGAAUUAUCCCACCAGAUGACUGACAGUGAUAGAGACAUCAGCCAGCUCCAUACAGCUCUGGACUGUACAGUUCUCACCAGUGACGAGGAAGAGCAUUCCAGUCCCAUGGCCGAAGAAGGGCGACUCUCUUCAUCUCUUCCUUCGACUUUGGGCAUGGACCACAUAGACUUCUUCAGCGCUCGAGAGAAAUUUCUAGGCCUUUCUCAGGAGGGUCACGGCCACUUGUUGUCUGAGCAGCCGUUGCAUCAGAUGCCCCGGUCAAAGAGUCCAGGCCAGGAAGCAAAGCUAUGUCCUACAGACGACCCCAUAAAGGAAGAGGAAAAAGACAAGACCAUGGUGAGAUUUGAUUCAAGUAUUCCCUCACAUACUCCAAAAAAAUUUGAGUCCAGCAGUAUCCAAGUUCACAGUCAUGCUACAAACGUGGAGUCCACAAACCUUAGUGCCCCUCCUCCCCUCAUGACAAUUGUCCAAACAAGCUCCAGUAGCACCAGUGACAAAGAGGAGGAGGUCAAAGGGGCCACAAAGGAGAGGGAGGAGCCUAAGGAACAGACCGAUUUGGAGAAGCCAGAGCCUGUUGAAGCCCCUCCUACAAACGAUACGUUGCCCAUCAGCAACUGCCCGAGAGGCAGCGUCCGCCGUGCCACUCAGCAGCUAGAACAGAAGAUGAAACAGGAUGUCCCAUCAUCCAUUCCUCUCUCAUCUGCUACUGCAUCUCCUUUACGCCGCUCACCCGUUUACCCCACCAGCAAAGAGAAGACUGGAGAGAGCCAAUUUCAGACACACCCUACCACUGAACAAAGGACUACACCGCCGUACCGUCGCCACUCAAAGGAUAACACAGUAGAGGUGACAGACAUCAAAACAUGUGUGUCAGUGGAGGAAGAAAAAGGUAGUGAGAACGAAGGAGGAUUCAGGGAGGAAGAUCAGGGAGCUAGAGGCUUUUCAGAUGAAGGUAUGAGGCAGUCGAGUUUACAUACAGAAACAAGGCAAAACCAUUCCAACCAGGACUGCAACUGUUCCAUAAAGCCUAACUGCUCUACUGCAGCUGUCCUGGAGUUAGAGGGAGUGACAGAGCAGGAGACAGGCACGGAUUCAGACUGUCCUUCAGGGCCUCGUACGGUGGUAGAUGUGAAGGAGAUGUGGGAGACGCUGAGAGAACUCAGGGCAUUCCUUUGCCAAGUGAGCAGCAGAUCAGACGUGAAGCUCGGCCGGCUUUGGGCCGAGAGAGAGCAAAGAAAAGGGCGUGCCGACCAAGCCAGGGCCAAAGAGGUAGAAGCACGAAUCCGACAGGCGGGGCUGACUCCUCCCUCUCUGUUGAAGCGCUCCGCAUCAUUGGCCAAGCUUGGCUCACUUGAGCUCUCAGCCAAUGACCUGAAUGAGUUGGAGCUCAGCCCUGUUUCCUCAUCCACUCGCACCAUUAAACCACGGCCUCGCUCCUUCAUCGAAGAUACCUCAAAAAAGAAACGUAUUCUACCGCGUCGCACUCCUUCUCUCCCCUCCUCUAUUUCUCCCUUCAACUCCUCUGCUGGAUCUUCUUUUUUGCUAAGGAGGAGAUUCGAAGCUCUCCAGACUGGAGGGACGGGACACUGUGAUAGUAAUGUUGCCUCCAUGUCGCUGUCAGCCUCCCAACCGUCCAAUCAGUGGAGGAGGCGGGGUAAGGUACAGGAUUCAGGGAACGCCCCUGUUUCAGCCCCCACUUCAGUGUGUGUGGCACCACGCCAACAGUACGGGAGGACACACCCCUUGAGAAGGCUGAAAAAACGAACUGUCAACUCAUUCUACCACACUAUGUGAUGGUCAUUCUGUCUACGUGGCUGGUGUUUUGUUUGUAUGAGUGGGAUUUUACAUGGACAUUUGAUCUACACAUACCUCGUUUGGCCUUACCAAAUAGGAAGCCCGAGAGCAUCGUUCAAUAGGCAAGUUUGUGGCCUCUGAAUGAAGAUGCACUCUGAAUGAAGUUCAUAAUCCUGAACAUAAGUGGAGAUGAUUUCACUCCUUAAUGCUGAUGGGUAUUACCAAACCUUUUUUUUUCUGGACUCAUCAAUUCAGUGCCAGU